AUGGGUAAACACCGCCACAGCUCAGAGAGAAAGAAACCUUUUCUUGUGCGGAACAAGGAUGGGAUUUCAGUUGGCUCUCGGAAAUCUCACACAGUCGCUUCAUCCUCCCGAAAACCUCCGCAUGACACAGAGAAAACUAUUCAGACUCAUCGAUCCCUCACUUACAGACCAUCUCAAAGUGCUGAAACUCUCCCGAGUGGUCCAUGGAGAGACAUCACCUUGCCUGUCUCCCCUAGACCAGUUGCUCGUUAUGUCCAAGCCCUCACUUCUGUCCCUCUCUCGUAUGAGACUGGUCCAAAGUACAAUCCCACGGGCCCACCUAGAGAGUCAACAGCCUCACUUAACUACCCAUCCAGGACUCUGCCAGAGGACGACGAAGAAAACAUGGUCAUUGUCACCUUUGAACCAGACCAUCUCACUGGGAAGAAGAAGCCAGAAGAAGAAGCUUUGAGGAUGAAGAUGAAUUUGAAUACAAUCAACGACCCCCUAAAAGUGCCACCUUCUCAGGAAGAACCAAAUCACACAGCCCACCAACCUUUUCCCGCUCAAAUCGAACUCAAACUUACCCUGACUCCCGUUCUGGAGGUACUCGACCCAAGUAUGAAAUUCUCACUCUACCGGUCCACACCUCCGUUGAUGCCAAUGGCAAUAAGAUAUGAAGACCAAGAGGAGACACAUAAUCAGUUUCAACCUGAUCGGGUCGUGGGACUCUCUGGUGAGAAUUUUUGGGAGUACUACUCUGCUUGUUUAGCGGAGGUGGACAGUGAUGAUUGA